AUGACCGUAUCAUAUCAUCAUGAGUUAGCAUCCUUAUCACCAUUAGCAAUUUUUCGUGUAUUAUUUCGAUGGAAAGGGAGUGUUUGGAAGUGUAUUUAUAAAGAUUUACUAGUCUGGACUAUACUUUUCUUAACUAUUUCAUUCUUUUAUCGAUCAAACUAUUUUCUUGAUGCCAAACAAAAAAUCAUUUUUGAAAAUUUAGUCCAUUAUUUCGAUACACGAUUACAAUAUAUACCUAUGACAUUCAUUCUUGGCUUCUUCGUCAAUACGAUAUUACUACGAUGGUCCAAUAUUUUUAUUAAUAUAGGUUAUAUCGAAUCAUAUGCAUUAUUUACUGCUAAUUAUAUUCAUGGUGAGGGUGAAAGUGUUAGACAGUUGCGCCGAACAUUAGUGCGUUAUCUAUGUCUUACACAGGUUUUUAUGUUACGGGAUAUCAGUCUUCAAGUAAAGAAACGUUUUCCUACAACUGAUAGCCUGAUUAAUGCCGGGAUUCUUUUAAAAGAAGAAAAAGAAAAGUUAGAUUCAAUUGAACUUCAAUAUAGCAAGUAUUGGAUACCAAUACAAUGGAUUCAUUCUACAGCGUUAAAAGCACGAAAAGAGAAAAUAAUCACUUCAGAUUUACUAUAUUGGAAAUUAUGCGCUGAAGUUGACAAAUUUCGUUACAAUUUGCAACUCUUAUACAAUUAUGAUUGGGUACCUAUACCAUUGGUUUAUUCACAGGUUGUAUUUCUGGCAGUUUAUAUACACUUUUUUAUAUGCCUUAUCAGUCAGCAAUUUAUUGUUAAUAAUAAAACUACAACAAAUGAUCUUGAUCUGAUAGUACCAAUAAUGACAAUGAUAGAGUUCGUGUUUUUUACUGGUUGGUUAAAAGUUGCACAAGCAUUACUUAAUCCAUUCGGUAACGACGAUGAUGACUUCCAAUGUAAUUAUCUUAUCGAUAAAAAUCUUGCUACAAGUUUCUGCAUUGCUGACAACUACGACCGUGUGCCGGAAGUACGGCCUGAUCUUUUUUGGCGAAGCUACGACAGGUUUCCUGCUUCCACAGGUGCCGCUUCAAUUAGAUCAGCUGUAAACUUCAAGAAUUCUCCAGUCUCCGGUGGCUUAGCUCAUUACUUGCAUCCAUUAGUUUCAUGGAUACCAGAGCUUAAAAUUGAACUUAACAUUGUGUACAACUGUAGAAUAACGAAGCGUGAUCAAACGACAUCAGUAUGUGAGGGACUACGGGUUACUGAUCUGGAAAAAGCGAUGAACGUAGCAGCAUCACACCACCAUCAUUUUGAUAAAUCAGUGCAAUACAGUACAUCGCAAACUAACUACUUUGUACCAUGGGAUCCGAGUAUGAACAACGACAGGAAUAAUGAUGCAGAAAUUACUCGACUGUAA